AUGCAUGAAUGGAUGAUGGAUCUAACAGUUGAAAUAGAAGGUGAUAUAGGAACUUUGGAAGAGGCUUUGGAUAGGUUUACAUGUAUUGAGAUUCUGGAUGAUAAUGCCAAAAAAGAGAGGAGUCAUGAAGAACUGAAUAAGCUAUAUGAGACACAUGAAAGGCUUCUAGAUCUUGUUUCAUUAUUUUGUUAUGUUCCAAGAACAAAGUAUCUACCUCUAGGGCCAACAAGAGACCGGAUCAACUUCUCAGCAUCAGAGAGGCGUCUUUUAAGGGAUGAAAGUGUGCAUAUGGUUGGUUGUCAAUGGCUAGAAGAGUGUUUUGAGAAAGAUGAGAUGCUUCAAGAGGAUGAAUAUAUUAUGAAGACAAGUGGUUGGGGUUACAAACUUCAAUACACAGGUGAUGAUAUUGAUGAAAUCCGUGAAGAAUGA